AUGGGAAGGAAGCCAUCCUCGGCUAUCUAUUGGGGGCGGCUGCCGGAGCUUGCGAGGCGGCUCGAGGAAAUCUUGUUUAGAGAGUACCCAACCAAGGUGUUGAUUCUUUCCUACUUCUUUUGUACCUUCGGUUGUCGAGCAAUCAUGUCAUCUCCUAGCAAAAAGUACUACAAUAUGAUGAGGGGGGCGAUUGAGCACCACUUGCGGUUUGCCGUGAACCUCUUGAGUGUUGAGAACCAACAACAACAACAGAACCGACAAUCGUCAAGACAUGGUUCCUCUGAACGCCAACAUGGGUACCUUGCUGCCGGGUGCAGAUAG